UUCGUCAAAAAUCUCACUUUCGUAUUUUAGGCAUACCGUUCAAUAUACUUCCAGCAUGGUUAUGUGACCUUACCACAGCAGACAAAAGAAGUGUUACUGUAAUGUUUAGUGGAUAAAACAUCAGCAUUACUACUGCAAAACAGAAAUAAAGUAACAGAGUAAAUUUUCUGAAAAACUAAAAGAUGGCAAAGGCAACAUUUUGGACUCAGUUUAAAGUACUGGUCUGGAAAAACAUACUGCUGAAAAAACGAAACAAGAAGCAAACAAUUCAGGAGAUACUGAUGCCUAUUUACUUCAUAGCUAUUUUAGCUAUGAUAAAAUAUUUUGUGAAACCAAAGACGUGGCCAGAGAUACAGAACUUCCCUCCUUAUCAUCUUAAUGACACAAAAACAUUCAGUACAAUCAGUGGAAAUAUUUUAGUCUCGCCAGACUCAUCUCAAUCUCAUAGAGUAAUGAAAGAGGCAGCAGAUAUAUUGAAGGACAUUUACAGAGAUAGCGUGUUCAAUGUUGUAUUCUAUAACAACACUGAAGAUUCUACAAAAGCUUAUAAAGCAUCUCCCAAAAAUGUUGUAGCAGGAAUAAUUUUGAAUUUUGAUGUGACUAAGCCAACUGAUGAUUUGAAUUAUGCUAUAAGGAUGCCGUAUACUGAUAUAGCUAACUCAAACCCAAGCAAUAUAUAUCAGGACCAAUCCCAAUGCCGUGGUGGUAAUGGUCUUGAUAAAUCUAGUUGUGUAGUAAAUACAUAUAUCUAUACGGGGUUCUCGGCCAUACAACUUGCCGUUGAUACAGCUUUAACAAGAAUCACCUUUAACAAAUCUGACAUUAAUCCACCUGAAGUCAGUGUAAGAAUGAUGCCAAAGCCGAGCUUUAUUCCUGAUACGAGUUAUAUUCAGAUAUUAGCGUCUCUGUAUUUUAUCAUAGCAUAUUCGCCAUUUAUUAACUUUCUGACGGUGAAUUUGGUGGCGGAGAAAGAGAAGAAGAUCAAAGAAGGAAUGAAAAUGAUGGGACUUAGAGAUGCUGCUUUCUGGGCAUCAUGGGGAUUUGUAUAUUCUGUGAUCAUCAUUGUAGUGACUUUGGUUGUCAUAGUGAUUGCAACGGUUUCCAAGUUCUUCGCCAACAGUAAUAUGUUCCUAUUCUUCCUGAUGCUUGCCCUGUAUGGCCUGUCUAUCAUUGGAAUAUCAUUUUCCCUAACACCAUUCUUCAGUAAAGCUCAGGUAGCUGGUGUUAUAGCAAGUUUAUCAUCAAUGAUGAUCAGUCUAUUAUACCUGAUAGUAAGUCUGACCCGCACCUAUACCUCUACAGGUGUGCAGUACACUAUACCAGUGUGGGCAAGAUGGUUGCUUUGUCUACUGUCACCUGUGUCACUGGCUUUAGCUGUAGAUCAGGCAAUAUAUCUAGAUAUAGUAAAUCCGGAUGGUAUGACGUUUUCUACCAUCACUGAAGGAGAGUUCCCUCUACUUGGUCCACUACUUAUGUUAGUGGUAGACACUGUGUUUUAUUUCUUACUGGCUAUCUACCUGGAUAAUGUUGUUCCAGGUGAAUAUGGACCGAGGCAGCCACUAUGGUAUAUAUUUUCUCCAUCUUACUGGUGUAGAAAGUCAAAGGCUUCAAUUGCAAAUUCAGCUUUUACUGGUGUUGUCGAGAGCAAUGAUGGCAAUAGGAAUGUGGAGAGGGUAUCUGAUGACAUCAAAGACAAAGUUGCUGUCAGUAUAGACAAACUUACUAAAACAUUUACAACAAGUGAUGGCAAAGUGACAGCUGUAAAUGAGUUAAGCUUGGAUAUAUAUGAAGGUCAAAUAACAGCAUUACUAGGUCAUAAUGGUGCAGGGAAGACAACAACCUUAAAUAUACUAACUGGACUGACUGGACCUACUUCAGGGCUAGCUCAAGUGUCUGGACUGAAUGUAUCUGAUGCAAAUGAUAUGGCAGAAAUUCGCAGUAUGACUGGGAUAUGUCCACAACAUAAUAUCCUGUUUGAAGAUCUGACAUGUUUGGAACACCUUCAACUGUUUGCUGGUAUCAAAGGUGUAAAAGGUGAUGACAGGGAUAAAGAAAUAGAGGAUGCCAUUAACAGUGUAGGCCUGGCUGAGCAGAGGGACAUCAGAUCUAAAGCUCUUAGUGGUGGACAAAAACGAAAAUUAUCUGUUGCCAUAGCAAUUAUUGGAGAUCCUAAAAUAAUCUUCCUUGACGAGCCUACUGCUGGUAUGGAUCCGUUCUCGCGGCGCCAUCUAUGGUCAGUUUUAAAGGAGAAGAAAGUUGGCCGUGUCAUCUUACUUACAACACAUUUCAUGGAUGAAGCAGAUAUUCUUGCUGAUAGGAAAGCAAUUAUCAAUAAAGGUUCAUUAAGAUGUUGUGGAUCCUCUUUAUUUCUGAAAAACAGAUUUGGUAUUGGUUAUCACCUGAAUAUGGUAGUAGAUCAUGGAGGGGAUACUGAUGGUAUAAAGAAACUUGUGAAAGAUCACAUUCCAGAGUGUGAAACUAACAGAGUACAUGGUCAGGAACUAGAUAUCACACUUCCAUUGUCUCAAGUGUCCAAAUUUGCAGAUCUUUUCAAUACACUAGAGGCUAGAAUUGGGAACACUGAUGACAGUAACCUUGGUAUAAGUAGCUAUGGUAUUUCUAUGACAACCUUAGAAGAAGUCUUCCUGGAACUUGAAAAGGAAAAUGAUGAGACAGAUGUUCAAAGACAAGUAUUUGAGACUAACACUGUACUUAUAAAUGAGACAGAAGAAGAGGUUAAUGAUCUUAUCAAUAUGUCACCACUAGGUAGACAGGCAAAAGAUGGCGGGAAACCUUUCCAACAAGUGCCAAUCAUUGGGAUUGAGGGAUCAGCUUUAUCAAGGCAGAAAUUUGGGGCAUUAUUAAAGAUAAAGUUCCUGCGGAAUAAACGGAAUGGACAGCUAUUGUUUUUCCAACUGAUUUUACCUAUUGUACUAGUGGUUAUUGGAUUGAUUGUUAACAAAAAUUCUAAUAAACCUUUGGAGGGAAGGGAUCCCAAGUCACUAGAGAUUGGAGCAUAUUACUACAGUAAAAUGAAGAACAGUCCUUCAGCACAUGGAAGAUUUGGACCUAUACCUUCACUGCUAGUACAUGAUGAUGUUGAUUCCUUAUCAUCACGGUUGUUCCUAGGGAAUUUGUCUACCGCAUUUAAUGUAGAGACGUUAAACAGUUAUGGAUCACUUAUGGGUAUAGCCCCACACUAUCUAGGCAUUAAUCUAACUCAGUUCAAAAUUAAUGCACAGGGUAUUGCCACUGGAUUAACAGCUUUAUACAAUGACAGUGCCUCCCAUGCAAUUCCAGCCAUAGUCAACCUGAUGACCAAUAGUAUCUUUAAAAUUGAAGAGUACCUGGCUGGAAAACCGGACAAUACUAGUUUCAUUCGUACAAGCAGUCUGCCAUGGCCUGCAAGUUUUGAGAAAGUAGUAUUCAGUAAUGCAGCAUUUUCAUCUGUGAUACUAUUAGCAAUGGCAUUUGUAGUUAUUCCUUCUGGGUUCGGUAUAGACAUUGUGAAAGAUAGACAGACUAAAGUAAGAAGUCAGUUGAGAAUAGCUGGUGUAUCAUACAAGAUUUACUGGGGAUCUUAUGUUGCCAUGGAUAUCAUCAAAUACAUCAUUCCUGCUUUAUUGAUCAUCAUUAUAACUUUGAUUAUGCAGGUAGACAGUUUACAACAGAAAGGAGCAAUGUUUGUGUUUAUACUGAUGGUAGUUACAUGUAUACCUGCCAGCCUGCUACUGUCCUAUGUUGUCUCGUUUGGAUUUGAUAAAUGGGAAACUGCACAAGCUGUACAGCCUCUUAUCUUCUUCUUUGCAGGAUUUAUGCCAUAUUUACCUGUAGCUUUGAUUGACUCUAUGACAAGUGAAUCUACAGCCAGUCUUUUACAUAUCAUAUUCUGCUGUAUUCUACCACCUUAUACAAUGUUUGGAGGUCUGUUUUAUAUUGAUAAAGUAUACAGAAGUGCUGCAAUGCAUUUGGACACAGAGAAUAUUCACUUCAAAGAUUAUCUCACAAUCAAUAUAAUAGCUGCAAUUCUUAUUCCACUGCUUCAUGUGGUGCUGAAUUCUGUGUUAUUGAAAAUACUAGACACCAGGGAGAGUGGAGGGAGUGUUAGUGAAGCACUUGGUUGCCAGGCAACAAUGACAUCAGGUGUAUCACGUGAUGGUGUUAAUGACGUGGUAGAUGAAGAUGAUGAUGUGAGAACAGAGAGACAGCGGGUACAGGAACUACUUAAACAACCUAAGGUGCCUGCUGCAGUUGUUUGUAGUCUUAGGAAAGAAUAUAGCAGCAAAUCUGGAUCCACUGGAUGCUGUCAGACUGGAUCUGAUAGGGAAACAUUUGUUGCUGUGGAUAAUUUAUCAUUUGCUGUUGAUAUGGGGGAAGUGUUUGGACUCCUUGGACCUAAUGGGGCAGGCAAAAGUACCACACUGAAUGUGAUGACAGCUGAUUUAGCACCCACCAGAGGGCAGGUUUUGGUUGGUGGACAAGAUGUGAGAUCAAAAGCUCAGCACACAUUUAGUGCCCUAGGAUUCUGUCCCCAGCUAGAUCCUUUAUGGGAGAGUGUAACAUUAAAAGAACAUCUACAGUGUUAUUCAAAGAUAAGGGGCAUUAAACCUAAUGAAAUCAGCACCAUAAUUAAUUUUUACAUGGAGCACCUUCAGCUAAAAGAACAUGCUGACAAACAUUCCAAAAAACUAUCAGGAGGCACUAAGAGAAAGCUGAGUUACUGUAUGAGUAUGUUGGGACAACCAAAGUUUGUUCUACUGGAUGAACCAUCUACAGGCAUGGAUCCACAGUCUAAACGAUUCUUAUGGGAUACAAUAUCCAGCAGUUUUACUGCAUAUCAGAGGGGAGCUGUACUAACUACACACUACAUGGAGGAGGCUGAUGCUUUAUGUUCUAGAAUAGCCAUUAUGGUCAAUGGAAAAAUGCAGUGUAUUGGCUCAAGUCAACAUUUAAAGAACAAAUACGGUAGUGGUUAUUUACUGGAGAUAAAGCUGUUACUGAAUGAAGACACACAUGGGUGUAUAGAAAAUGACAAGAAGAUUCUACAUCAGUUCAUACUUCAACAUUUCCCUGAUGCUACAUGUACAGAAGAGUUUAGUGAACGAAUGCAGUACAAAAUACCGAGACAAAAUGUCUCUUCUCUAGCAUUAGUAUUUUCUGUUCUGGAACAAGCUAAAACUCGUCUGAAAGUGGAAGAAUACAGCUUUAGUCAGUCAACUCUUGAACAGGUAUUUCUAGACUUUGCCAAGAUGCAACAAGAUGAGGGAGAAAAGUUAAAAGACAAUAGUAAAUGAGAUGACUGUUGAGAGUGUGUGUUUUUUUAUACAUAUUCAAGAAUACAUUGUGCAAUUUUAUAUGAAAACAGUGUAAUAUCUUAAAUGACACUAUGAUGUAAAUCUAAUGUAUGAUCUUAACGGUGUACAAUAUUUAUUUAUUUAUUUAUUCUUUAUAUGAAAUAAAAGAUAUACUUUAAUUAAUAAUUUUGUGCCAUAUGACUUUUUAUACCCCUUAUACAAUGACUGUUAUGAGGAGAUAUACAGGUUUGAGGCUAUUCAUUAUUUCAGCCAGCUUUUCCAAAACUGUUUUACCAAUUUUAAUAAAAAUUGACAGGAGUAAUUGAUGUGAAGUCUACUUGUAAAUAUCAUAAGGAAUUGACAUUGACUCAUAAAUGACCUAAACAUUCAAGGUAGAGACAGGUUGAGUCUUUGAAUAUUGCUGAAAUUGGCUAUGAUUGGCCAUAACUUUCUUCUUUAUUGAUGAAAUGAAUUUAUACUUGGACAAAAUAACCUUUUGGAAAAUACCCCCAGGUUGGUGAAACAAAAUUUGACCUUGAUCUUUAUAUGACUUAUCUUUAUGGUAAAAUUAUUGAAAUAAAAUUGUUAUAAAUAAACAUGUUGGAUUCAUACUUAGCCUAACGUACUGUCAUGUUGAGCAAUUCAGGUAUGUCAUUGACUUUAAAAUGACCUUGACCUAGAAGUCAAAUUAUUGAAAAACACUGAAUUUAGCCCUUAAUUUGUUUUAAUAGAUAUAUUGUAUUCAUUCCUGGACACAACAACCUCUUGGAAAAUAACUUCAAAUAAGUCAAACUGAAAAUCUUUAUAUGACUUACCUUUAUGGUAAAAUUAUUGAAAUAAAAUUGUUAUAAAUAAACAUGUUGGAUUCAUACUUAGCCUAACGUACUGUCAUGUUGAGCAAUUCAGGUAUGUCAUUGACUUUAAAAUGACCUUGACCUAGAAGUCAAAUUAUUGAAAAGCACUGAAUUUAGCCCAUAAUUUGUUUUAAUAGAUAUAUUGUAUUCAUUCUUGGACACAACAACCUCUUGGAAAAUAACUUCAAAUAAGUCAAACUGAAAAUGACCUUUCUCUUUAUACGAUCUUUGUGUUAAAAUCAUUGAUAUCUUUGUGUUAAAAUCAUUUAUAUCUUUCUGUUAAAAUCAUUGAUAUCUUUGUGUUAAAAUCAUUGAUAUCUUUCUGUUAAAAUCAUUGA